UAAAUAAACAUAACUGUCAUGGCCGCUCGCCUGGCUUUUGUGUAGGCUAUUAGCAAGUAAUGUUGGCAAUUUUUGAGAUUUUCUCUAUCGCUUUGCGUAUUUGUGUAACUUUUAUUGACCCGGUGUGACAGUGAGACAACAGCGCCACCUUGUGUCGCCAGCUGAGCGCUGUUAACUGUUGUUUUUAGUACCAGUUUUUCCAUCAUGAGGACUGUUCUGAUGGUGGCGGAGAAGCCGUCUUUGGCUCAGUCCAUCGCCAAAAUCCUCUCGAAAGGAACUUGUACGAGUCGAAAGGGACUUAACGGAGCAUGUUCGGUGCACGAUUACAGCGGCAGCUUCCAGGGCCAGACUGUCCGCUUUAAGAUGACGUCUGUUUGUGGACACGUAAUGAGUCUGGAUUUCAUUGGGAAGUACAACAACUGGGACAAAGUGGAUCCUGCAGAGCUCUUUAGUAAAGCUCCCACAGAGAAGAAGGAGGCCAACCCCAAACUCAACAUGGUCAAGUUCCUUCAGGUUGAAGGCCGAGGCUGUGAUUACGUGGUUUUAUGGCUGGAUUGUGAUAAAGAGGGCGAGAACAUCUGUUUUGAGGUACUGGAUGCAGUUGAGCCAGUGAUGAACAAAGGGAGUGUCAGGGAACGGACGGUUUACCGCGCCAAGUUCAGCUCAAUCACCGACACGGACAUCUGGAACGCCAUGAACAGCCUGGGAGAGCCCAACCGUAACGAGGCACUGUCAGUGGAUGCUCGGCAGGAGCUGGAUCUGCGUAUUGGCUGUGCUUUCACCAGGUUCCAGACCAAGUAUUUUCAGGGCAAGUACGGCAACCUGGACUCCUCCUUGAUCUCAUUUGGACCCUGUCAGACCCCCACGCUAGGCUUCUGUGUGGAACGCCAUGACAAGAUCCAGUCCUUUAAACCUGAGACUUACUGGGUCAUCCAGGCGAAGGUAUUCAAAGGGAAGGACAGCCCACUGACACUGGACUGGGACAGAGUGAGGGUCUUUGACAGGGAUGUGGGUCAGAUGUUUGUUAAUCUGGCCAAGACGUCCAGGGAGGCCAAGGUGGAGUCGGUGAGUAAGAAGGAAAAGGCCAAGCAAAGACCUCAGGCCUUGAACACAGUGGAGAUGUUGAGAGUGGCCAGCUCUGCUUUAGGUAUGGGUCCUCAGCACACCAUGCAGAUCGCAGAGCGUCUUUACACCCAGGGCUACAUCAGCUAUCCACGUACUGAGACGACCCACUACCCCGAGAACUUUGACCUGAAGGGAACCCUGAAGCAGCAGACCAACAAUCCCAUUUGGGCAGAGGAGGUGAAGGCUCUACUUUCAGCCGGAUUAAACCGACCCAGGAAAGGAAGUGAUGCAGGAGACCAUCCACCCAUCACUCCCAUGCGUGCGGCCUCAGAGGCGGAACUGGGCAGUGAUGGUUGGCGACUAUACGAGUACAUCACGCGUCAUUUCAUAGCCACUGUCAGUCAGGAUUGCAAAUACCUGCAGACCACGAUAGACUUCAGCAUUGGCCUGGAAUCCUUCUCAUGCAGUGGCAAGGCUUUGAUCUCACCAGGUUUCACAGCUGUGAUGCCGUGGCAGGGCAUCCCCCUGGAAGAAGCCAUGCCAGACUGUGAGCGAGGAGACACUUACACCGUAGACGAGAUCAAGCUGGUGGAGAAGCAGACCAACCCCCCGGACUACCUGACCGAGGCCGAACUCAUCACACUCAUGGAGAAACAUGGCAUUGGUACUGACGCCAGCAUCCCAGUCCACAUCAACAACAUCUGCCAGAGGAACUACGUCACGAUAGAGAACGGACGCAAGUUAAAGCCAACAAACCUGGGCAUCGUCCUCGUACAUGGCUACUACAAGACAGAUGCAGAGCUGGUUCUGCCGACCAUACGCAGCGCAGUCGAGAAACAACUGAACCUCAUUGCACAGGGCAAAGCGAACUUCCAGCAGGUGCUGCAGCAUACACUGGAUAUCUUCAAGAGGAAGUUUCACUACUUUGUGGAUUCCAUCAACAGUAUGGAUGAGUUGAUGGAAGUCUCCUUUUCUCCCAUCGCUGCCAGUGGGAAGCCGCUGUCCCGCUGUGGCAAGUGUCACCGCUUCAUGAAGUACAUCCAGGCCAAGCCCAGCAGGCUCCACUGCUCCCACUGUGACGAGACCUACAGUCUUCCACAGAACGGAGCCAUCAAGCUGUACAAGGAGCUGCGCUGUCCACUGGACGAGUUUGAGCUCGUACUGUGGACGUCAGGCGCCCGGGGCAAGAGCUACCCCCUGUGCCCUUACUGCUACAGCAACCCGCCUUUCAGGGACAUGAAAAAAGGUAUGGGAUGUAACGAGUGCACACAUCCGACCUGUCAGCACUCUCUCAACUCCUUGGGCAUUGGACAGUGUGUGGAGUGUGAGUCUGGGGUUCUGGUGCUGGAUCCCACCUCUGGACCAAAGUGGAGGAUGGCCUGUAAUAAAUGCAACGUUGUGGUUCACUUCUUUGAACACGCACACAAAGUACAGGUGGCUCCUGAGAGCUGCGACGCCUGCGACGCCUCCCUGGUCGCGGUCGACUUCAACAAGUCUCGCACUCCACUGCCUGCCGGCGAGACCCAGCACACGGGCUGCGUGUUCUGCGAUCAGAUUUUCCAGGACCUGGUGGAGCUCAAACAUGCCACCAUGAGGUACCGGGGCGGCGGCGCGAGGCGAGGAGGAGGAGGGAGAGGACGAGGACGGGGACGCCGUGGCAAUCCCAAAAAACCAAAGGACAAAAUGGCCGCCUUGGCAGCUUACUUUGUAUAGUGUCUGUUAUUUGAUACAGUAUGAAAACAUACAUGUCAGUAAAUAGACAUUUUGUUUGUCAUGUGAUUGGUUGCGAUUAAGUAAAAGAUAUGUUUAACAUAAA